UUUAGAUAUUAUCAAUAAAUACUAGCUUAAAAUAAGCUCUUCUAAAAGAAAUUAGCAUAUACCUGAUUAAAGGUAAGCAAGUUACUAAAUGAUUUAAGCUUUUGAAAAAGAUUUAGACUAGGAUUAGAUAGAAAGCUUGGUACAAAAAAUAAUAAAUUAUAAGGGAAAUGAUGGGUAGUAAAUGCUUUAGAUAUUUAAUGUUGACUACAUUAAUAAUCAUCUAAGUAGGAAUCUUACAUAAAUUGAGUAGAUAUUUCACUCCUACCAAAAUAAGAAAGGGAUAGAUAUAAUUGAUUUUUUAUUUUAAAUGUUAACUCAUAUGGAGUAUAACUCAAAUUAAACUCUUUAUGUUGCUAUUGCCCUCAUUGAUUUUUACUAGGGAAUAGUUGAGAAUGAAAAUUUAUAGCAAGUGAUCAAAUUUCAAAACAUUACAAAUUACAUAUGUGAGAAUGACCCUGCAUUUUCUGAAGGGAAUGUUGAUGAUAGAAAAAUUCCCAGUAAAAAGCUUCCUGAAGAAAGAAAAUUUUAAUUAAGCAAACAGUAAAGAGUAGUAAGAGAUAUAGAUAUAAAUCCUCCUAUUAUAUAUAAGGACGAUAAUCAUUUGCUUAGGAGAUUAACUAAAGAAAAGAAUUGUAUUGAUGCAGUUCAUCAUAAUAAAAAUAUGAUCAUUGUUUCUCAUUAUGCUGAGACACUUUAAAAAGUUAUUACUCUUGAUAGCUACUCUGACCAUUUUCUUUUUUACGAUUAUAAUUGCAAUGUUACGAGGGAACUCUACCCUAAAAUUUAAUAAUUAAAAAAUUAAGUUUGUAUUGACUUUUACUGGUCUCAAAAGUAAUAAAGAAUUGGAGCUAGCUUUAGAGAUGGUUAUCUUGUAUUUUGGGAAGCCAGUGAUAACUUUGCUUUCGAAAAGGUUUUUUAGAUAGGUCAGUUUCUCACAGAAGAAUAGACUAAAAUUUGGUAUGUUGAAUGCAUAGAUAGAUGGAUUACUACUGAUAAAAAGAACCAACUUUAUGUUUGGGAUUUAGAGAAAGAACUGAUAAGCAACACACUGAAAUCUGAAACAUUUAGCAAAGGAAUUCUCUAAGUGCUAGAAAUACCUUAUCUAAAAUUGGUAGCAGUAGCAACUUGUGAUAAUUAAAUAGCAAUUUGGGAUUUUCUCAAUUUAAAAUAGCUGUUUAAAAUAGAAGUAGAUCAUACUCAUCUUAACUAAGUAGUUUUUUUUAAGACAUAUCAAAUCAUUCUCACAGCAGGAUAUGACAAUAUUAUCAAUAUUUACUCGUUACAUAGUACAUACAAUGAUUACAACUCUCUUGGAAAACUUUAAGGACAUCAAACACUAGUCACUUCUAUUUAAUGUAUAGAAAAUACUCCAAUGGUAGUAACUGCUGAUGAUCGUUUUAACAUCAAAGUUUGGGAUAUAAGAAAUAUGAAGUGUAUUCAAAAUAUGAAUAUUGACUUGAGAAAUUCCAUUAAAUUUAUACACAUUCUAAAAGACAGGAUAUGCUUGAUUAGUUCAAGAGUUACUUGCUUGUUUUUUGAGGAUGAGCUGAAUAGCUAAAAGGUUAAAGAAGGCUCACAUCCUAUAGCAAUUGAAUAUGAUCCAAAUAGAAAAGAAAUGAGUAUAUGUAGCAGGAAAGAUGUUAAAUAUAUUGACAUUGAUACUGGAAGAAUAAAAAAAAUUAUUUCAGGGAUUAUUUCUUCACAGGAAGAUGAAAUUACAACAUUUAGAGUUUUUUAAUAAAACAAGAAAUUUUUAAUUGGUAACCAGAAAGGCAUAAUUAAAAUUUUUAGCUCAAGAGAUGGGGAGAACAUUGGUAAAAUACAAGGUCAUAAUGAUGAAGUAUCUGUAAUUAAAAUGGAUUACUUAAAUAGGUUGCUUACUAGCGCUAGCUUCGAUGGUAAUAUUUAUAUUUAGAAGGAAUAGUAAAAUGGCACAUUUGAGAAAAUAAGAGAAAUUUACAUUGGAAAAGAAAUUUAAAACCUAGAAAUAUCUGUCUAUCAUAAUUUAAUGGUAGUAACUUUUUCCAAUAAUGAGCUCUAUUUGAUAAACUAUGAGUUUGGAAGAUUGAUGUCUAUAUUUUACCUAUCUCCUAACGAGGAGCCUACCUGUUUAGAGUUUAUCAGUGGCUAUUCAAUAUUUAUUGUUGGUACUACUCUAGGAAAUAUUCAUUUUAUUUAGUUUAAAAUGCAUGAUGAUACUAUUGAUUUAAAAUUGAUUGCUAAAAUAAGAAUGGGUGAUGAUGAUGAAGAUGAAAUAGAUUUUAUAAAAAAUCAAUAAACUAGUGAAGAUUUACAUCAUAUACUAACUGGGACUAACAAUGAAAAAAAGAGAGAUGAUUAAAAAUCUCUAAACAAUGCAAAGUUUAGCAUUUCUCCAAAGAAGUAAGAUUAAUCCAAUAGCUCAAAAUAAUAGUUGAUGUCUCUGCUUAGCCCCAACUAAAUAACUGCUACUAAUUAAAAUUAAAUUAAUUAACUUAAUAGCUUAAAAUUAUCUUAACAGCUUACUGCAAAGACAGAAAGUUCUUAGCAAAAUACAUAAAAAUCAUAAUAAUAAUAGCAGAAUAACACUAGUGUUAUUUUAAAUUAAAAAAAAGAAAUAACUACAAUUCCAUCUAAAAUGAUGUUUGAUAUGGGGAAAAUGUAUCUCUUAGUAGCUUUGCACAACGGAUAAGUUUAAAUAUAUGAUAUUUGCUCUCUUUUCUAAAAUAAAAACAUUAAAAAGAGUCCUCAUUGCAAUACAAAAUCAAAUUACAAUGCUUUUAGGUCAAGCAAAGAAGAUUUCACAAAAGUUAUUGAUAAAAUACGUUAAUUCAAACUUUUUAAAAAUUCUAUCAUUAAAGAUACCCAACAGAGCACUGAUAAUGUCAAUUACCUUUCAAAUACAAUAUUUUUGGGGUCUGUUUAGAUAGAUAAUUUUACUAACUCUGUACAGCAGAUAAAUAAUAACAACAAUACUUAAAGUCCAAGAAAUAAUAGUGCAAAAGUCAGAAAAUCAUAAAUUAGAAGCAUUUUUUAAGCAAAAAAUAUUGUAAAAGAAGACUAGACUUAAUCUUAUGCAAACCCCUAUUUUAAUUAAACAUAAAAUUUAGUUUAAAGUGUUUCUGCUCACAAAGAUUCAAUACAUUGUUUGCAGUUUAUAGAUCUUGGAAAAAAAUAUGUACUAACAUCUUCAUUAGAUUGCUAUAUAAAAAUUUGGAAAUAUCCAGAAUUGACUGUCUGUGCUAACUUGAAUACUGAACAUCCUCUACCCAUAAAAUGGGACAUAGAAAUUGAUCAAACCCGCUAAUAUAAAACUAAAAUAUUGUAUGCACUUUAAUCUAUGAAAUGCAUGCUUGCGAAAUAUGGCUCUCAAAUAAAUCACUUGCAGGAAUAAAAGUUCAAUUUUUAUAAUUUGUUCCAAGAUAUUAUGAAUCCAGAUCUGUCUCAAUAUAAAGUUCAAUAAAAAAGCAAUGAUAAUAUUAUUUCUAAAACUGAGAAUUCUCCAACACAUAGCUUAAAAAAAGUUAAGAGCUCGUUUUAGAAUUUAUUAAGUGAUUAAAUAAAAACUAAUGAUCAAAAUUCUAUGACUUAAUAGAAUGAUUUGAACAAAUCUUACAAUUCAUAAAACUUAACUGAUCAAGCUGUUAGGUAACAAAACAUCAAAACUAAAAUUAGACUGAUGAAAGACGAUUAUACAGUCAGAGAUUUAAUAUAUGAUAAAAUUAAGGACUUUUACCAAGAAGAGUUAAAAGGUCCUUCCCUUAAACACUUGAAUGAAAUGAAGAAGCUUUAUGAAGCAUAGCAAUAAUAAAAAAAGCAAAAUAAUACUAUGUAGUUUGAUUUAGAUUCUCAAUAUAAAUAUAAAUUUGAAAGGAUGGAAGAAAAAAGUAAAGAAUUUAAACACAUAACUACCUUUUUAGAUGAUAAAUAUAGAGUUAAAGUUAUAGAAAAACCUAAUUCAGAAUUUUAUGAUAAAAUUAAGUAUGUAGAAGAUUUGGAUGAAAGAUUAGAUAGAUCACUAUAAAGAAAAAAGAGAACAGCUGUAAUUGUUGUAAGCGAUAACAGUACAACUAAAGACUAAACGAACUACAAAUAAAUUAAAAAAGAUACUUAAAAGAAAAUAAUGAGUAUUUAAAGAAAAUUUAGAUAAAGUCCAAAAAGAGAAAUUAAGGACAACUCAAAUCAAGGUGAUACUUUCACUCAAGGAAAAACUUCAAAGAGUGAAUUUAGAAUCACAAAUUCAACCAGUUGUAAUAGCUUUUAGCAAAAAAAUGAUUCUUUUUAUUCGUAUGCAUGCAAAAAAAACUUACUUGAUGAUUAAUCUAGCUUAAAUUACUCUGAGCUAAACAAAAAUUAUAAAAAUAUAAAGAUCAACAACAGCGAAUAAAAUAUUUAUAGAAAAACAGAAACAAAGUAUUUCUCAAAUAUUAUGAAAAAAAUGGAUGAAAAAUUAAGGAAAUCUAAAGUUUUGUUUUAGCAAUAAAACAAAUUUAACUACUAAAAUUUCAUAACUUUUUCUGAUUAAAAUUCAAACGAUGCGACUAAACAGUCAUUUGGAAAUAACUUCUUCAAUACACACAAAAGGAACUUUAGCAAUAACAUAAAAUUAGACUCUAUUGCGAUCAAAAAUCUAACUAACUCAAAUACUAACUCUUAAGUUGACAAUAAUCCAACAUUUUAGACAUCUAACUACUCAACUACUUUUGAUAAGCUUUAUAAAAGAGCAGAGAGCAAAGUUUUAAAAAAGUACUGAAAUUUUUCUGUUCA